GCAGGUUUUGUCAACGUGUUGGGAGUCUUCACGGUUCGCAUGCAGUGUUAGAGACUCGACCGUGUGCAGCGGACCGUUCGUCGUUGUCGCGAAUUGUUUAGUGUCGCGCUCUAAUGUCUCAUUGAUCAGCAUGACUUUAAGAACAAUAUUAUUCAGUUCGUGUCUUCUUUUAUUAACCUCUAACUAUACCAAUGGACAAAAGCCAACAGGGUUGGAGUGUCCAUCCCUGGACAACGGCGACAGCUAUACCCAGUCAGAGUUCCUGUCGCGGCUGGCCAACGAGUGUCGCUACGACCGGCUGCUGCUGCCUACCUACAACACCAGGGAUACUGUCUAUGUGCACGCUAGUUCAUAUGUCUACUUUAUACAGCCAGCGGAGGCCCAUGAUCUAAAUUUCAAAUUGCAUUUUCUUUUGCAACUGCGGUGGGUUGACAAACGGUUGGCAUACUACCGGUUUUCGCCGAAGCGAAUAAACAUAAUCGGGGAAAAUGAUCUGCGGGAUCGAAUAUGGGUACCGCACUUGUAUAUGUCCAAUGAACAGUCAUCUAGUUUGAUGGGGACGGAUAGUAAGGACGUGCUGAUAUCGGUGGCACCUGACGGAGAAGUCGUGUUCAGUCGACGCAUGCAAGCAGUCCUGUACUGCUGGAUGAAUCUGCAAAAGUUUCCGUUUGACGAACAAACGUGUUCCAUGAAUCUUGAGAGCUGGAAAUACAACGCUUCGAUUUUACGGCUGAUGUGGGAAAAAGACAUACCGCCGGUGCGCUUGUCUCCUGAACUCCACUUAACUGAGUAUUCUCUCAUAGAUUUCUGGACCAAUGAGUCCGUGGUUAGGGGUGACAUAGCAAGUAUGCGCCUCAUAGGAGGUAGAUCCAACAACUACAGCGCCCUAACGUUCACUUUCGAGCUAGGCCGCGAAGACGGGUACUACCAAAUGGAUUACUUCAUCCCAUCUAUGAUGAUAGUGGCCGUGUCUUGGGUCACGUUUUGGUUGCACCCGAACGCUUCCGCGCCGAGAAUCAUUGUCGGCACCAGUACCAUGUUAUCAUUUAUCACGCUGGCAUCGAGUCAGUCCAAGACGCUACCGAAAGUGUCGUACAUCAAAGCCAGCGAGAUCUGGUUCCUGGGCUGCAUCGGCUUCAUCUUCUCUGCUCUCGUGGAGUUCGCUUUUGUCAACACUAUUUGGCGAAGAAAGAAAGUAGUAAGCCUGAAGAAGGUGAACAGUAAGUACAUUCUGAAGAGUACACUGACGCCGCGGCUAGCGCGCAAGGAGCUCCAGAAGGAAUUGCAGGAAACUUCGCCGCAGCUGUCCAAGUCCAGGUCAUGCUCGUCCCUCAAUCAGGACACCAGCAGCGACCCCUCAGGACCUGCUUACAAUAACUACCUGACUGUACACAGUUUCCCGUCUGCGAUGAAUUUGCCGACCAUCACGACGCAGAGCUACGACGACCUCAUCCAAGGUCCCGGAGGGACCCGCAAGCCGCCGGCUCCCAACGGGAACGGCAGCGACGGCUCCGACGAGCCCCCACACCACCAUACCUGGACCCAGAUGACGCCACAGGAGAUCGCCACGUGGAUCGACAAGCGCUCACGAGUCAUGUUCCCAGUCCUCUUCAUCUUCUUCAACAUCAUCUACUGGACUUUCGUCUACUGCCUAUGAUUGUACGCGGUGCGGCGUAUCGAAUGACGUAUAACGUUGAUUCAUACUGCGUCAACCUUUCGGUUGUUCAACAAAUAAGUGUAUCAUAGGUAUUUCAGCAAAUGAGGAAAAGUUUUGGAAUUUAUCUUUCCUACUGGUUUGCAAAUUUUGUUGUUUGGUAUAUAGAACAUUUAACUACUUGAUCUUUUUUUUAAAUACCAGACAAAUUGGGAUGAUUGUACGUACAUUUAUUUAAUAAAUCACCAAUAACCGGCAAUAAGACAGUAUGUAAGGGCCGUAUAUGUAAACUAAGAAUCUUGAUGCAGUAUUUUUUAGUAAGUUUUGAUAUAGUUUGUUUUACCAUAAUUUGAAAUACCCUAUGAAGAACAUAUUAUUUUUUGUAUCAUACAAUACGUACGUGGCCAUAUUUUUGUAGGUAGAAUUAAUGUAGUUAAAAUAAUGUUCCUGUAUUAUUGAAAACUUGCCUAAAUAAAGUAAGUUCUUGGAGAAAAGAAACACUAUGUAGUCUUUCACGAAAACAAUGAGCAAUUUCUUCACAUUAUUUUAUUGUUAGUGGAACUCCACUAGGCUCAUAUUUUGCAAGUGGUUUACCCGUAGUAAAAAUAGUCCGAGUUAUAGUGGUAAAAAAAAUUUGCGGCGAGGAAAGCCAAGUCAGAAGCCAGGGAAAAGUAAGUUAAGUCGAAAGAAAGAAUAGGCAGCCAUAGCUGCACCUUACUUGUUUCGAAUGGAAUGGUUGUGAAUAAUGUUACUUAAUGUCCAUUUUGAAAUGUAGGCUUUGAUUCUCAUUUUUUACUUUAUGACAUUGAAAUGUGCCUUGUGAGAUUACUAUUCCAAAGUAGUCAUUUUAAGUAUAAGUUUUAUGUGUAAGAAAAUAAUGUAGAUAGGCUUUUGAAAAAGAAAAUAUUCACUAUCAAUUUAUAUAUCCCUACUAUAGUACCAUACCGUAUUAUGGAGUCUAUAAAUAUUUCACAUAAGUAUUUAUAUUUUUUGUUUUUAUUUUUAUUAAUUUGUACUUAGCCGAGAAACCUUUUAUUCAUAAUUUAUACGAUGCGCAAUUAUAAUAAAUAAGAAACCCAGUGUAAUGAAAUAA